CUGAAAAUUAAAUAUAUGAGGGUGAAACGGUCAUUUUACACAAAUUUAUUCCAAUGUGAUUCAGAAUUAAAAAGAAAAAAAAAAGGCAAGGACCCACUAAGAAACUUCUUCGUAAAUUUGACUUGGACGGUACAGCAGCCACAACUGCUACAAGCCACAACUAACUUCAGUUCAACUCCAAUUCCAAUUCCAAUUCCAAUUCCAAUUCUGUGGAUCAAAAUUUGUAGAAAUUAUCGGAAAGAAUCCAUCUCCGAAUUUCUUUUGUUCUCCGAAUUCUUGAAAUUACAUCAAACAAGAAUGAGUUUUCAGGAUCUUGAAGCAGGAAGGCCGUUCUUGAAAAGUCAGCAGCAACCAAAAGACUCAUCUCAGCUUGUUGCAGCCGGGAUUUUUCAAAUUAAUACAGCUAUUUACUCUUUUAAUCGUCUCGUUAGUUCUCUUGGCACUCCUAAAGACACCAUCGAAUUCCGUGAAAAACUGCACAAGACCAGGCUACGAAUUGGUGAAUUGGUGAAGGAUACUUCCGCUAAACUUCGACAAGCUAGUGAAACUGAUCGUCAUGAAGAAGUUAGUCCUGUCAAAAAGAUUAACGAUGCUAAGCUUGCAAAAGAGUUUAGGACAGCUCUUAAUGAGUUUCAGAAGGCACAAAGGCUUGCAGCAGAGAGGGAGACGACGUAUGCCCCUUUCGUUCCCAAAGAAAUUCUUCCAUCCAGCUAUAAUGCCUAUGAUUCAAAAGUAAGUUCAUCUAGGGUUCCAGAGCAGCAGUCCCUUCUUCUGGAUUCUAAAAGACAAGAGAUUGUACUGUUGGACAAUGAGGUUGUAUUUAAUGAAGCUCUUAUUGAAGAAAGAGAGCAGGGAAUUAAAGAGAUUCAGCAACAGAUUACUGAAGUAAAUGAGAUUUUCAAAGAUCUAGCUGUUUUGGUGCAUGAGCAAGGAGUUAUGAUCGAUGAUAUUGGUUCUAACAUUGAGAACUCUCAUACUGCCACCGUGCAAGCUACUUCCCAUCUUAGACAAGCUUCCAAGACCCAAAAAUCUAAUUCAUCCCUGCUCUGUUUGCUCCUUGUGAUAUUUGGAAUUAUUUUGAUCAUUGUUGUUAUAGUUGUCGUGGCUUGAGCCGUUCUUUUACCGUGGUCUUAAGGUAAGAUCUACUUUUGUGAACUCCUUGAUCAUGACAUGAGCUCGGGUUUUCUACCCUAAACACGCGGCACACGGAAGGCUGUUUCAGUUAUGGCAAGGAUUCAGAUAAGCAUCAUUAAUGUACAAAAUUGGUUAUCGCUAGGGGCUUGAUCCCUACUGUGUUGUUGACUGUUCUAAUCAUACAAUGAAGUAAAUGUAAUUUUGGUGUAAAUGAAGUACCCAGUCAAUGUUACUAUAAAAUAAACGGGUAAUCGACACUAAUUGUCCUUAAACUAUCAUUUUUAUCUAGACAAUACCUAAACUUUAAUUUGUA